AUGUAUCUGUACAAGGCGACGUGCCCGGAUAUCCCCAACCCCAAGCAGAGGGCGCCCAGACGGCAGAGCGCGGUCCAGGCUCAAGGCCCGCUCCAGGGGAGGCUCGCGGGUCAGACGUGCGCCGGGUCGGGCCCCCGGGCCUGCGUGCCUCUGAUGCUGUGGGGCGCCAAAAAGACGCAAAGCGCCAGAGAGCUCAAACGGCUGGAAGAGUUUCUUAACUUUCACACACUGUCGCUGCACGACUCCAUCAAGAACCGGACAGGCAUGGUGUACAGGAACCUGGGAAAGUCAGGUCUCAGGGUGUCUUGCCUCGGACUCGGUACAUGGGUGACGUUUGGAGGCCAGAUAACAGAUGAGGUUGCAGAGCAGCUGAUGACUAUUGCGUACGAGAGCGGGGUCAACCUGUUCGACACGGCCGAAGUCUACGCGGGUGGCAGAGCUGAAGUGAUUCUUGGAAACAUCAUCAAGAAAAAGUGUUGGAGGAGAUCCAGCUUGGUCAUCACAACCAAACUGUAUUGGGGGGGAAAAGCAGAGACAGAGCGAGGACUGUCGAGAAAGCACAUUAUUGAAGGUCUGAAAGGAUCUCUACAAAGGAUGCAGUUGGAGUAUGUCGAUGUUGUUUUUGCCAACCGCCCUGACAGCAACACGCCGAUGGAAGAGAUCGUCCGAGCCAUGACCUACGUGAUCAACCAAGGAAUGGCAAUGUACUGGGGAACGUCUCGGUGGACGGCCAUGGAGAUCAUGGAGGCGUACUCGGUGGCAAGGCAGUUUAAUCUGAUCCCUCCGGUGUGCGAGCAGGCCGAGUAUCACCUCUUCCAGAGGGAGAAAGUGGAAGUGCAACUGCCUGAACUCUAUCACAAGAUAGGCGUCGGAGCGAUGACCUGGUCGCCGCUGGCGUGUGGCAUCAUUACGGGGAAAUAUGAGAACGGCAUUCCUGAAUCUUCCCGGGCUUCCAUGAAGUCGUACCACUGGCUGAAGGAGAAAAUAGUGAGCGAAGAAGGACGGAAGCAGCAAGCCAAGCUGAAAGAGCUCAACCACAUCGCCGAGAAGCUGGGCUGCACGUUACCGCAACUGGCCGUGGCUUGGUGUUUAAGGAACGAAGGGGUGAGUUCAGUCCUGCUGGGAACGUCCAACCCCGAGCAGCUGACAGAAAACCUCGGCGCCAUACAGGUCCUUCCCAAGAUGACCUCUCACGUGGUGUCUGAAAUCGACCACAUUCUGGGCAACAGGCCUUACAGCAAGAAGGACUACCGCUCCUAGAUCUUGCUUGUCGGAACAGGAAGAGGUCGAGAUCUGAUACAGACUUGUCAUACCGCUAACACGGACCUGCUGCGGCCUGCCUCGGACUGGAUCAGACCCCCUCCAACCCCCACCCGUUGCA